GAUUUCCACAUGGUCCUCAAGCCCUCAUGGUUCUUUUUGGUUGAAGAAUAGCAGCGAAGCAAUGGAAUGCAGUGACAAAUCAGCAGAAUCGUUACUCAUUGCAAGUUUACUACACAUGACCAGGCUUUAAGUGACACCACCGGCAAAAAAGAUGCGCAGACUGACCACCACGCACUGUCUCAACGUCGAAAUCAUUUCAAAUCGAUGUAGAGCGUUUCAAUUCGUCACAGAUCCGGGUUUCUGCGUCACAAAUCAACCGUUCUGUGUGCUGAGUAUGCAUUUGUUUCUCCUCACGGACAAAAAGCUUUGUUUUGCAAUUCCUCAUGGAACGUGUCCUUGAUGAAUAGGUCUAGAAAUCUUCGCGCCCCUGAAGCAUGAAACAGACAACAAAAGGUAUGUUGGAUCGCAUUGCUUGUGAAGAUUCGCGGUGUCCUCAGGCGGCGCUUUUGUUUCUUUUCGUAUUGGACCGGAUUAGAUUCGAAGGCGCAAAAGUCAUGGAAACCAUGACCCACAGCCAGAUGAGGUCUGAGAAAAUGUCGCAACCCCUUUCCCCCCCUGCUUGGCGGCAAGGCAUUUUCAGUCGUGGAGUGCGGGUGCAGUGGUCCAGCCGGGAUUUGAUGCCAAAAGCCUUCGUGCCUAUGAGAUUUCGGGCUCGCAUGGAUCAGUUGCUGAAAAGACAGGGAUGCUGGCAGCGCAGCGCCAAGCCACAACGCCCACUGGGCCCUUUGCUUUCUUGACGUCAUUGCAUUUUGAUGACCGGACAAAGAUAAUUUGUGCCCCUGGUUGCUAGCAUCGGGCAUUUGUUUAAUGCCUGUGCUUUUGAAGUCUUGUACAGCUUGCAGUUGACAAAUGCACAGACAUUUGGAUCCCUGUCGCUGAAUUUGAUGCCUCAAGCGCAAGCAGCAGUUGAAUCCGA